AUGGCAACAUAUCAGGUGCAACCCCCAGAAAAUUUUACGUUCAAUAAACCAGAGGAAUGGCCGAAAUGGUUAAUGAGGUUCGAACGGUUUCGAGUAGCGGCGGGAUUAGGAGCCAAGGAGGGCCCAAUCCAGGUUAAUACUUUUAUCUACUCUAUGGGAGGUCAGGCAGAAGAUAUUAUCAAGUCAUUUGGAUUGUCAGAUGAGGAUGCCAAAAAGUAUGAGAAAGUUGUUGAGAAAUUUGACAAUUACUUUAUUACCAGACGAAAUACGAUAUUUGAAAGAGCUAGGUUCAAUCACCGAAAGCAGAAUGAGGGAGAAACUGCAGAAAGUUUUAUCAUGGCCUUAUAUUCACUAGUUGAGCACUGUGAGUAUGGAGAUUUGAAGUCUGAGAUGAUAAGGGACCGUAUUGUCGUGGGUAUUCGCGAUAGUAGAUUAUCGGAGAAACUCCAGCUUGACGCAACACUUACUCUAGAGAAGGCUGUAAACCAGGUUCGCCAAUCUGAGGCAGUCAAGCAACAACAGUCAAUUGUUAGGGACAGAGAUCCUAUUGCGAGUAGUAGUCAGGCAGAUAGUAAUGUGGAUGCAGUAUUCCAGAAAGGUCCAAAACAUAAGUUCUCAGGAAACCGGAAGUCGUCUGAAAACCGGAAGUCAUCUGAAAACCGGAAGGCAUCCGAAAACCGGAAGUCAUUUAAUAAUCAGACGAAUCCAGAGUGUCACAGGUGUGGAUUUAGACACAGGAAAGGAAGCUGUCCUGCAAAAGAUGCCGAGUGUCGGAAAUGUCGCAAAAAGGGUCACUAUGCCAAGAAAUGCCGAUCAACAGUUGGCGAGGUACAAAGCUUUUUAGGAGCGGUAGAAAGCAAAGGAUCCCUACCAUGGAACAUAGAUCUGGUUAUUCAGACAGGUCAAACACACACACCGGUAAAUUUUAAGAUAGAUACAGGGGCAGAUGUUACAGCUAUACCUGAGAGUGUCUUUCAACGAAUCGGUCAGAAGUUAGAAUCCUCGACAAGAGUUCUACAAGGUCCAGGUCAGAACCGUCUCAAAGUGUUGGGAAAAUUUUCAAGUAAAUUAUGUACAGAGAAGGGAACUCGGGCUGAGACAGAUAUUUAUGUCAUCAAGACAUUGAGUAAGCCAUUGUUAGGUCGUCCAGCUAUUGAAAAACUCAACCUUGUGAAAACUGUGGCUUCAGUACAGUCAGCCGGUAGUAUCCAGGAAAGGUAUCCAAAACUGUUUAGUGGACUAGGUAAAAUUGAAGGCGACUACACCAUUAAACUUCGCGACAACGCCACACCGUUUGCUCUCACUUCGCCAAGGCGCGUGGCGCUACCACUAUUGGACAAGGUAAAGGAUGAACUUGCCAGGAUGGAGAGCUUGGGGGUUAUCUCCCCUGUUGAGGAACCGACAGAUUGGUGCUCUGGUCUUGUCGUGGUACCUAAAAAGGAUGGAACUGUACGUAUAUGCGUUGAUCUUACACAGUUGAACAAAUCGGUUCGCAGGGAACACCUACAGUUACCUAGUGUAGAACAGACUUUACACCGAUUGACAGGAGCAAAGGUAUUCUCUAAAAUUGACGCAAACUCAGGAUUCUGGCAGAUCCCGCUAGAACAAUCUUCGAGAUUGUUGACAACUUUUAUUACUCCAUGUGGGCGUUAUUGUUUCAACCGUCUACCCUUCGGUAUUUCAUCGGCGCCAGAACAUUUCCAGCGAAGGAUGUGCAACCUGCUAGACAAUGUACCAGGAGUAGUGUGUCAGAUGGACGACAUGUUGAUAUUUGGAACCUCACAGGAGGAACAUGAUAAGCGUCUGAAUACUGUGUUACAGAAGGUUGAGAAAGCCGGGAUUACCUUAAACAGUGAUAAGUGCGAGUUCUCAAAGAAAAGUGUCACAUUCGUCGGUCACGUCAUAGAUGAGACAGGAAUACGUCCAGACCCUGCUAAGGUGAAAGCUAUCGUGAACUUUGAAGCUCCUACUAAUGUCAGUGAGGUCAGGAGAUUCAUGGGAAUGGUUAAUCAACUUGGGAGAUUCUCCCCGAACAUAGCAGAACAUUCCAAGCCAAUUCGUGAUUUACUACAGAAGGAUAGUGCAUGGACGUGGGACAUACCUCAAGAGCACGCAUUUGAGCUGAUCAAGCAAGAACUCAGCUCUACACCGGUACUGUCAUUAUACGAUCCUAGGGCAACCACCAAAAUCUCUGCUGACGCAUCAUCUUAUGGUAUUGGAGGCGUCAUACUUCAACGUCCUAAGGACAGUAGUGAGGACGAUUGGAGGCCAGUCGGAUACGCGUCACGAUCUAUGAGCGCUACAGAACAGCGAUACGCGCAGCUGGAAAAGGAAGCACUCGCUGUAACGUGGAUGUGCGAGAAGUCGUCAGACUUGCUCACAGGAAUACACUUCCAAAUUGAGACGGAUCACAAGCCGUUAGUUCCGUUACUAGGUUCCAAGGCGAUAUCUGAGUUACCCCCGAGGGUUCAGAGAUUUAGGAUGCGUCUCAUGCGAUAUGACUACAGCAUCAUGCAUGUGCCCGGUAAACUACUGUAUACCGCAGAUGCUCUAUCCAGAGCCCCCUUGAUUCAGCAAGGAUCUGAGGAGGAGGAGUUUCAACAGGAAGUUGAAGCUUACGUCGAUGCUAUCAUGGACGACAUUCCAGCAACAGAAGUUCGCCUCAACGAAAUCCGCAUGAAACUACAGGAAGACAGUAUCUGUAGGAUCAUUAUGAAUUACUGUCAGGAUGGAUGGCCUGGUUACGAACAUCCUACGAUCACAGUCUCCACUAGGCCAUAUUGGCAGUUGAGGGAAGAACUCUCGGUGUGUCAUGGUUUGCUUAUGAGAGGAAGUAGACUCGUCAUUCCUUCAUCUAUGAGGGCGGAAAUACUACAGAAACUACACGAGGGGCACCAGGGCAUCGUGAAGUGCCGUGAGCGUGCUAAGAACUCGGUAUGGUGGCCGGGUCUAAGCAGAGAGAUUGAGGAUGUUGUGAAAAACUGUUCGUCGUGUCUGAAGCAUAGGAGAGAGAGACCAGAACCUCUCAAACCUACUGAUUUCCCUGAUCGUCCCUGGCAACAAUUAGGGUCUGAUCUAUUCUACUGGAAGGGAGUGAACUAUUUGUUAGUGAUAGACUAUUUCUCUAGAUACAUAGAAAUUGCCAAGCUUAGCUCCACGACUUCAGAAGCAAUAGUCACACAUCUCAAAUCGAUGUUUGCUCGACAUGGAAUUCCAGAGACCGUCAUAUCGGACAACGGUCCGCAAUACGCGAGCUCAACGUUUCAGGAAUUCACGAGAGAUUAUGGGUUCACCCAUUCGACCAGCAGCCCUUAUUACCCUCAAGGGAACGGGGAAGCCGAGAGAGCAGUUCAGACCGUGAAGCGUCUACUUAGUGGCUCUCAAGAUCCAUAUCUAGCCUUGCUAGCGUAUCGUACCACACCGUUACGAAAUGGCUACAGUCCUUCGGAACUACUUAUGGGGCGGAAGCUUCGUACAACUAUACCGGAGAGUCCAGCAAAUCUAUCUCCUAAGUGGCCAGAUCUCGAGUACGUUCGAGAUAAGGAACUGUUGGAUCGAACAUCUCAAAAGCACCAUUUUGAUCGGUCACAUCGCGCAGUUCAACGUCCGGAAUUGCACCCGGGAGAAACAGUGUGGGUGAAAGGACCCAGCGGAGGGUUCAGUGGAACGAUCACUAAGUCAGUGAAUGAUCACUCAUAUUUGGUCAGGACACCGUCGGGCCAGAUUCGUCGGAAUAGGAGACAGCUGGUCCAAGCUCCAGCUAUGAGGCCGGAUUUUCCACACACGAGUGGAUCGGGAGAUGUGCCUAGCGAUGUGAAGGAACCAAGUAAUCAGACUGUGUGUAGCAACCCUGUAAAGGCUCCGAAGCCUACUGGGUCUCCGAAGUCAAAGACUGGGUCUAGUACUUCUGUCAGUGUCAAUAAUAGUUCAGAGAUAGGUGUAGGUUCUAAGAGUGAUAAUGCAACUGUUACUCGCUCUGGCAGAGUCUCGGUUGCUCCAAACCGGAUGGACCUGUGA